GAAUUAUUUUUUCCCUUUACCUCAUCUUUAACCCUCUGUUUCGUUGUUGUCUCGUUCUAGCUCGUCCCUUCUUCUUCAUUUUACUGUUACUAUUACUAUUUCUACAACCAUACCUGCCGCCGUCAUCUUGAGGCUUUUGCGUUCAUGUCGCAGUCCGCCAGUCGUAGUGCAAGCCGGUCCCCGGCUGGCAGCCGCAGCUCCAGCCGCAGCAGCUCGAACUCCAUGAAGUUGCCGGAGCCGGCGCCGCCGGUGGAGAACGGCAGCACCGCCGUCGCCGCCGCCGCCUACCCGUCCUCUCAGGAGGCGGCACGCGAGGUGGCGUCUCUCUUCAUCGGCCUCGGCCCGGAAGGCCGCUCCGUCAAGGCGGACGAGCUUUUGGAUCUCCUCCGGUCCAAGGCCCUCAACCCGGCCAACAUCCACGACAUCCGCCUGCGUGGCCGCUGCGCCUUCGCCGACACCACGACCGUCGAGGAGGCGCGCCACCUCAUCGCGGAGCUAGACAACUCCACCUUCAAGGAGACGAUUCGCCUGUCUGUGCAGAUGAGCAAGCAGACCCUGAGCGAGGCACAGCAGAAGCGCAAGGAGCGGGAGGAGACCCGCGUCAGCAACCGCAGCGAGGUCGCCGCCAACGGAGGCUGCCAGGUGUUCAUCAACCUCGGUCCGAAGGGCGGCGCCAUCACCGACGAUACCCUCCGCGCCCGAAUCGAGAAGCUGUGCCCUAUUAUUAAAAUGGAGCGUCGCGGCUACUGCGUGUACGUGGAUGUGCACACGCCAGCGGACACGCAGAAGGUCGUGGCGGACUUGAACGACACCGUCAUAGAGGACGUGCGGCUCGUCGCGAUGGUGAGCAUGCUGCGGCGCAAGCGGGAGCGGGAGACAGCGGCGCGACGCGGCGAGCGCAGCCCGCGACGCGACGACCGGCGGGACGUCCUCCCUUCCUCGCGGCGGCGACGCAGCGGGAGUCGCGAUGGCGGCCGUCGUGACCGCCGUCGCACGCGUCGCAGCUACACGCCGUCGUCGCGCAGCUCUUCCCGCUCCCACAGCCGCGGCCGGCGCAGCUACUCGUCCGAGUCGGUCGACUCGCGUGAGCGCCGUCGCGAGGGGCGUCGUGGGCGUCGAGAUGACCGCCGCGAUGAUCGCCGUGGCGACCGCCGUGAUGAUCGCCGUGGCGACCGCCGUGAUGAUCGCCGUGGCGACCGCCGUGAUGAUCGUCGUGGCGACCGCCGUGACCGCCGUUGA